AUGGGUGUCACGUUCUCUCAAUUUUUUCCACCUCCACCAACUUUGACGGAAGCUAAUCUCCCUAUCCAAAGAGGCAAAGUAUUUGUUGUGACGGGCGGCUACUCAGGUGUAGGGCUUGAAUUAUGCACCAUGCUAUUCCAAGCUGGCGGCAGCGUAUACAUAGCCGGCCGUUCAGAGGCAAAAGCGGAGUCCGCAAUGUCGCAAAUCAAGAGUCUCCACCCAGACUCCUCAGGCCAGCUUCAUUUCCUUCCGCUCUCCCUGGAUGAUCUUACCACGAUCAAGCCCGCCGUCGAUCACUUCACCUCCAAAGAAUCAAGACUUCAUGUUUUAUUCAAUAAUGCAGGCGUUUCUCUCCCGCCCAAGGAGUCAACCUCAAAACAAGGCCACGAAUUGUCAAUGGCGACCAACUGUCUUGGCCCUUACCUUCUAACCCAACUUUUCCUUCCAAUCCUCCUACAGACAGCGAAAAUGCCAUCCUCAGCCUCCGUCCGCGUGGUUUGGACCUCCUCCAUUGUUGUCGAUCUCUCCGCCCCUAGAUCUGGACUUCACAUUUCUGAGCUCACAAACCUACCCUCAAACCAACAACGGAACUACCUCAAUUCCAAAACUGGCAAUUGGUUUCUUGCUGAUGCUCUAGCAGCUCAAGUUGCAGACCAAGGUGUCUUGAGUUUUAACGCAGAAUCCGGGAAAUUUAAAAACCGCACUCCUGAGACAUGCGCCAUGGAUCCUCGGCUUUCUCUCGAGUCCGCUAUUGUAUCCAGCGAAGAUGGGCGCGUACACUGA